AUGACCGAAGCUCAAGCCAAUGAGUACCUCCGGAAUCGACUGUGGCAGAAGGCGAAAGACAUCUACGAUAGCAUCGUUGAAGCCUCCGGUAACGAUCAACCGUCAGGUCGCAGACAAUCGAAGGAGCAAGUAAUUGCGUGUCUUUACGGGCGCACAGAAUGCUGUCUAGAGCUGCAACAGUACGAUCAGGUAACUCAGGACUGUCAGCGAUUGCUUAAGCUGCUUGCGCUAGCUGAAAACACCGCCAACAACAAUAGCAGUCCAAACAGCAACGGGAGUGCUGCAGCAUCAUCCACCGAAUCUCCCAGCCCUACACCGUCCUCGUCAUCGACUGGAUCGUCGUCCUCUUCCUCGGGUAAGGGUACCGGAACGUCGACGAAAUCCACCGCUAAUGGAACAUCAAAUGCCGGCACCGUUGGUGCAAGCAGUACCGAGUCAAAGGUUCGGAAACGGCUCAUUCAUUCGCUGUUCAAGCAACAAAAGUUCGGCGAAGCGGAAGUGAUCCUGCAGGAAUGGGCUACAUGUCCGGGCGCUAAUCAGGACAUUGGUCGGUACCUCGAUCGACUGAAGGUGUUGUUGCAGAUGGCUUCAUCGUCAGGUGGAUCCUCUCCAAGUGCUGAUGGUGGUGGCGAAAACCACCAAACCAAUGCCGGUGGCAAUAACAACUUACCCGAAGGAUCAUCGGCUACAGGUGGUGAACCGACCACGUGUUCGAGUUCGUCGACCGUUUCUUCGCUCUCAUCGCUAAAUGACGAAUAUGAACAGAUCGAGACAAAGCUGGAUAAGCUCAUCCUGCACAAUCUACCCCCGGAUCGUUACACAAAGCAGCUGGGUCGGAUAGAGAGCCAGUUGAAGGUGGGCAAUGGGGAUAUGGCGGAAGAAUUUUCAGCCGAGCUUGAUGAAGGGAAUCAAAAAACAGCUAGCCAGAAGAAACAACAGCAGGAUGGUGACAAACCCAAGGACGUGGAUACGAUGGGUGAAAAACCGUCCGGAAAAGCUUCGACCGAAACACACAUGAACAGUAGCGGUAGUAGUUGUAGCAGCAGCAGCAGCAGCAGCAGUAGCAGCAGUAGCAGCAGCAGUGGCAGCAACAGUGAUAGCAAAGCUAGUGAUAGUAACUGUAAUUUAUUCAAUGAAGCAAACAGUGAUAAAUGCGAGAAAAAAGUAUCCACAACAGAUCGCGGAACAGCAGGUGGAUCGGGUGGAUCUCGUGCGGUGGAUAGCUCGUCUGUUUCUGGUCGCGGUUCUGGAACGGUUGGUGUUAGCGGUGGAAAAUUAGGCAACAACCAUCCGAUGGAGAAACACGGCAAAGUGGGCGGUGGUUCGUACGGACAGGAGAAACUGUCCGGUGGCGGCAGCAAAGGGAUGCCGAUGGACAAACUGAGCAGUAUUACCUGUGUUUACUGUACGCUUUCGUUUGCCGAUCGGUCUGAAUUGCGAGCACAUUGCCAAACCGAGAGCCAUCAGAACAUCAUCAUGUCGGAUGAAGGUCGAGACUGGAAAUGGCGUCCACCGCCUCGCGGCUUCGUAGCCGAGUCGUACACACUGUGUGAAAAGUUUCAGGAUAAUCAAAACUGUCACUACGGCAACCAGUGUGUUGAGGCACACGGUGUCGAUGAGCUGAACGAGUGGAAGGAGCGUUUCGAGUACCGGAAGAAGAAGCUGCAACGGGCACGCGACAAAGAACUGUACGGCAAGAGUUACACGGAGCAGCUGCUGGAACGGUGGGUGCAGGCACCCAGCCCGGAGAAGAUGAUGCGGGAAAAGGUGGAAGGCGUUGAAGAUAGCUGUUCGCACGAUCUCGUUACAACCAUUUCGUCGAAAGUAAGCAAGCGUGAAUGGUCGUUCGUACUAAAGUCGAAACGUUACCUGAAGGCGGUGGCACUGCUUCAAGACGCACACCGGAAUCAUUUUGUGCUGAAACAGGUCUGCCCGGGUGAACUACGAACCGGAGGUUCGAUCGGCAGUAGUAGUAGCAGUGGAACUAAAAAGGGCAUGAUCACCGGUGGGAAAGGUCCAACGACUGAAGCGGAACUGAAUUCGGAGCAGGAAUGGAUUGCUCCAUUGGCUAGCGCUGAGAAGGGUGAAACGGCUGCUACCGUGUUGGAGCACCGUGUGAAGGUGGGUUUCAGCACGGAAAUUUACGGUACUUUUCGGCAAACGGUGGUGUUUGAUUUCGGACGUGAGCCCGUGCUGGUAAAACACAUCUGCGUCGACGUGGUUCCGGUGACGGAGGUGGACAAAAUACAGGAGAUUAAAAAGGACAUCGUGAUGUCGACGGCUGAACGAUGGGAUGAGACAAACUCGGAGAUAUUCGAAUUUACCACGGCUCCCAUUCCACACAUGCAUACGCCAGCCUAUACAGCGGAUGCUGAACGCGAGAAGGAUCUGCUCCUGCGCUUCCCACUCCCAAAAGCUUCUACGUUCGUGCUGACGCAGUCGACGAUUACGGAAAAGAAGCUGACGCGCAACAACUAUCGCAACCGCAUUCAUGAGUUACUGUACGUGGAGGAAAUCGCAAGGUACGAGCAGAUAGCGCGCUACAACCUAACCACGCGACUCUCGAUCGUGACCAACUACCUGCUUACACCGAGCGGUAUGGCGACCAGCACGGCUAAGUACUCACACUCGGGUGAACUGUUUGCUUUGAUGAAGCUCGGCAAGGACGUCUCGGAGGACACGUCCGCUGGACGGUUGAUUCUGAACAACUGCCAAGCGGUCUACAUUGCGGCGGCCCGCGAAACCAUACCGGCUGGCGAACGGCGCAAGGUGUACGAAGCAGUUAUUGAGGAUAAGGGCAAGAACAUGAUCUACCUGAAAGUGUCGGCCAAAGCGGUGACCGGACUAGGGCUUAAACCGGACACGGAAUUCCUGUCCGACAUUCAGUUCCAACCCAAUCGGCUGACGUAUUGUGAGUGGCACCAGGCGAUCGACAAGAUUGCCGACUUUCGCCUCAUCUUUCCGGAGAUCUUUCUUGAACCGAGUAUCCCGUGGACACCGCAACGUCAGUGGGACGCAUCGCUCGAUCCGAAGCUGAACUCGAAGCAGAAGGAAGCGGUGGUAGCCAUCACGACACCGGUCAAUGUGCCGUUGCCACCGAUUUUGUUGAUUGGUCCGUUCGGUACGGGCAAGACGUAUACGCUAGCGCAGGCGAUCAAGCAGCUGCUGUUGCAGGACAACACGAAAAUUCUGAUCUGCACACAUUCAAACUCGGCUGCUGAUCUUUACAUCAAGGACUAUCUCCACCCAUGGGUGGAGGAGGGCAUGACGGAGGCACGGCCGCUUCGUGUUUACUACCACAAACGUUGGGUAGCGACAGUUAACAGUAUUGUCCAGAAGUACUGUCUGGUGGAUUUGAACAUCAACAUGCGCAACUUUCGCCGACCGACGGUAAAAGACAUCAUGAAGCACCGUAUCGUCGUGGUGACGCUCAACAUUUCAAUGGAGCUGGCCUCGCUGGAUCUGCCGAAGGGCCACUUCACCCACAUCUUCCUCGACGAGGCGGCACAAGCGAUGGAGUGCGAAGCGAUCAUGCCACUGGCGCUAGCGGGUGAAGGUACGCGCAUCGUGCUGGCCGGUGAUCACAUGCAAAUGUCUCCGGAGCUGUUCUCGAACUUUGCCAAGGAGCGCAAACUGCACGUUUCUCUGCUGGAACGGCUGUACGAUCACUACCCGAACGAUUUCCCGUGCAAGAUUUUGCUGUGCGAGAACUAUCGUGCGCACGAUGCCAUCAUUCGCUUCACGUCGGAAUUGUUUUACGAGCAGAAGCUGAUCGCGUCCGGCAAGCAACCGCGGCAUGAGAAGUUUUACCCGCUAACGUUCUUUACGACCCGCGGCGAGGAUGUGCAGGACAAAAAUUCGACCGCAUUCUACAACAACUCGGAGGUGUACGAGGUGGUGGAGCGGGUUUGUGAGUUGCGCAAGAAAUGGCCGAGUGCGUGGGGAAAGAUAAACGACCAGAGCAUCGGCAUAAUGACGCCUUACGCGGAUCAGGUGUUCCGCAUCAGAUCGGAGUUGCGCAAGCGACGCAUGGGUGGUAUCAGUGUGGAGCGAGUGGCAAACGUGCAGGGCAAACAGUUCCGGGCGAUCUUUCUCUCGACGGUACGCACCAGGCGCACGUGCAAUACGAACGCGAGUGAAGGCUCGAGCACGAAUGAGGAGGUGGACUAUGGGUUCCUCAGUAACUCGAAGCUGCUCAAUACGGCCAUCACACGCGCUCAGAGUCUUGUGGCCGUUGUCGGUGAUCCGGUGGCACUCUGCUCGAUUGGGCGUUGUCGCAAGGUUUGGGAGCGCUUCAUCGAGAUUUGCUACCAAAACAAGAGUCUGUUCGGUAUCACCUGGUCGUUGUUGCGUUCGCAGUUGGACGGUGUGGAACUGAAGAAGACGUACGUGCUGAAUCCACUCGCGCCGGAGUUUAUCCCGAGAGCUUUGCAGGGUGAGGCUUACCUGCGUGAUCAAGCCGCAAGUAUUGGUGGGCUAGUCAGCAUGUCAGCAUCGGGCCAAUUUCAUCCUGCGGUGACGGGUCAUCACGGUGGACCGCUGGGCGCGUCGCAUCCAGGUCAUCAUGGAUCAGCACACCAACAACAACAACCACAGCAGCAACAACAACAGCAGCAACAGCAUCCACAGCAACAGCACCAACAACAGGGUCCUUCUGUGCAUGCGUCUCAUCACUUGCACCAUUUGCAAUCGCAUCACCAUGCCGCACCUCAACAACCUGGUGCAGGUUCAUCGUUCCAUCAUGGUAACUUAGCAGCAGCAGCCACAGGUGGCAAUUUUCCGCUUGGCAGUGUCUCGGGUGGUACAGCUGGUGCUGGAAUAGCAGGCAUACCGAAUGCAGCCACCGCAGCCGCCCUUAUGCGUAACCAGCUAGCGAUCACACCCUUCAUUGGACCUACGUCAGCGGUCCAAGGGCCGGUAGCGCAAUCAUCGAUGCUACAACAGCACAUUCAAGCGCAGCAACCAUCGCAACAGCAACCACCACAACAACAACCACAGCAGCAACAGUUUCCGUACCAGAAUCAGCUGUACUUCUACCAGCAACAGCAGCAGCAGCAGCAACAACAACAACAACAACCACAAUCAUCCCAGCAGCAAUCACUACGUGCAGGUGGUCCAUCCCUAGUCCCACCCUCGGCCCUCGGAGGGCCUCCGAUACCACCGAAUAUGGCCCCGCCACCGAACCAGAACGCACCCAAUCUGUGGGGUUCGGGAGCUGGUAGCUCCUUCCCGAUGGUGUCCUCGCCCGGUGGUCGUAAUACGCCGCCCGGUUGGCGGUUGGCGCAAAAGAACGUUCCACCCUCGAUACGACCCCAGCUGGCGGCGGCAGUUGCAGCAGCAGCGGCCGCAGGUCAACCCGUUACACACCCACUCGGCAUGGGAUUGCCCGGUGGUCCAAAUCGUCCUGGUCCACCGCCCCUGAUUGCACCACCGAUGCGUAGUCCGACGAUUGCCGGCGGACAGGCACCGCCUUGUCCACCGUUGGGACCAUUAUCGUACUUUCAGCAGCAGCCCAACAAAGGGCCUGCCGGUGCCGCUGGAACCACUCUCAUGCAAACACAGGCUCAGCAGCAGCAGCAGCAACAACAGCAAGCCGGUGGAGCGUUUGGACUUUAUCAUCAGGCCCCCCAUCUUAGUGGUGGCCCCCUACAGCAAGGCGGGCCGGUCGUUGCACAACCGAAUCAUCAUAUUCGGCCAAUGCUGACUGGUGGACCCAUUAGUCCAAGCAGUUUCCAGCAGCAACAACAGCCCCAGGUGGUACCCAAUUCUCAAUCCCAGGCGCAUUUUGGACAAACUGGCGACCUGUACAUGACCAGCAUUCAGAAUGAUUUGAUGGCAAUGUCUAACCGGAUGCCGCAUAUGGCGGUUGCAGCUGCGGCUGCUGCAGCAGUUGCCGCGGGACAGAAACUCGGCACAGGAGCCGGUGGCGGUAGUGGUGGUGUAGUAGGAAGUGGUCCCAUGGGACAUCGCACGGGCGCUACCGAACAGUACGCCAUGGACAAAGCGUCUGAUUUCCACUUUCUCCAAAACGUCCACUUUCCGGAGCUGCGUAACUCUUCGGCAAAUCAUCAGUUGGGUGGCACUCUUACGGCUGUUGGGCCGCAUUUGCCGGCAGUUUCCACAUCAGCGCAUUUACUACAGCAGCAGCAACAUCAACAACAAAUACCUACAGCCGUGCUUGGAUCGGUGGCACAACAACAUCACGGUUCGUUAGGGUCCGCUCACGUUCUUACUGACUUCAAUCAUUUGCUGCCCGCGGGCGUGAGUUUCUUCGAGAUGGCGGUUCAAACGAAAGAGUUCCAGUACUACUGGUUCACGAAGCUGAUGGAAACGAAAGGGCUUGAAGCGGCUCACAAGUUCACGGACAUUCUGCGCCAGGUGCCGACGGCGGUGGCUAAUUCGAUGAAAUCGCAGCCAGCAGGCGGCUUACCGCCGGCUAACAGCCAGCCACAACCGGGUGUGAAGAUGCCCGGAUUAGUCGGUACGGGUGCUGGCAAUGGUCCGCUUUCCUCACAGGCUGAUCUCUUUCUCGAUAACAUACUGAAUCCCAUGCGGGACCCGCUGCUGCUCGGUGCGGGAGCCGGCAAUGUAGGGAACCUUGUGCAGGGCAACGUGCUGGUGAAUGGGGUUGCUGGUUCUGGACCUUCGACCAACGCAACCACCAGUCAUCCGGGUACAAGCGCUAAAAGUGGAGGUAUUCUUGAAUCGGUCGAUCUAUUCGCUAGUCUGUCCUCGUCGUUAGCGCCCGAAAUUCCAACCCUGGGUGGGCAAACGCAACAGAGUCAGCCACAACAAUCGGUACCACUGUAUCGUCGGCAGGCGGGACAGAAUUAUCAAAGCAGUGGUUCGGGAGGUGGAGGAGGAGCAAGCAAUGCCAGCAGUGGCGGUGGUCCCGGCGGUACGGCUUCUUCUUCAUCCAAUGCGCAGUCAAUCGAAUCGUCCACACCGGAUCUGCUUGAUUCAGUGCAACUACAUCAGCAUCAGCAACAACAACAACAGCAGCAGCAACAACACUUUGGCAUGCAGCAAACGCUGCUCGAUUUACUGGAGCCGAAAAUGUCCCAACAAAAUUACCUUUUCGGUGCCGCAAACGGUGGGAAUCAGUUUGCCGGUAACGCGUUGCUGGAUCAGCACCAACAGCAACAACAGAACGGUGGAUUUCCUGGUAAUGGUGGCUACAGCUCCAUACAAAACAUUGCGGCUGGUUUGUUGCAACAGCAGCAGCAGCAGCAACAACAGCAACAGAUGCAACAUCAGCAGCUUGGUGGGCGGGACUAUAUGCCACAUCUGACAUCACAUGCUGGUCCGCAAAUGGUGCAGGGCGGGAUGGUACAAUCUCAGCCGCAUCCGCACGACGAUCAUCUGCUGUCACAGCGUCCGCCCGGUGUUGGUGCCGGUACAGUAGUGGGCCCAUCCGGAAUGCCACCCUCGUCAUCAGCAGCACAUGCAACGUACGCGAGCGUACUGAGCCAGGGACAGCAUCAGCAGCACCAUCAUCAUCAGCACCAUCACGGUAAUAAUGCUAACCAGCAUCAGGUGCAACAGCAUCACCACUACGCCGGUCAACAGCAUCAGCAGCACGCUGUAAUGGAUGGGCUGAAGCAACACGGAAAGAUGGAUCUUUCGGAUGGUGCCGGUGGUCUUGGAGGUGCGGCCGGUGCACUGGUCGAUGGCAGUGCCAACAAUAGCAACAAUAGCGCAGUGGGCAACGACCCUUUCGCUCCAUUGCGCAAUCUUGGUGGCAAGAGCAAUGGGCUUUAUAAUUACUUUCUUUAA